GCUUCAUGACGUCAGGCCCCUCCUGGCAGACUGUUAGGCAGUACGGGAGUGGAGCCGCUAGAAAGAUACACAAAUAAGUAGGGAAGACAGUGAGAAAACGUUUCAAGUAUCUGGCACGCAACUGUAAAAAUAGGAACAUUUACAAUUGUUACAGAGGAAUAGUUGUAACCGUCUUACCCCGGGAGCUGGGGGUAACGUUCGCGACACUCGAAAUGGAUAGAGUUCUAACUUGUUUCAUUGCUGCGGUCAGUUUGUUGGUUUCAGUUAGAGGACAAGUAUUUAAAGGUGACUGCAACUUCGAGAAGUCCUACCUGACGUGCGGGUAUAGCCAAGGCAAAGAUGAUGACCUUGAAUGGGAGCAAGCCAACACCAAAGAGAGGCCGUCCGUGGAUCCCUGGAUGCCCACAGGUUCAGCCUUCAUGAUGGUGAACACGUCUGGCAGGUCUCCAGGACAGAGAGCCCAGCUCCUCAUGCCCCAGCUGAAGGAGAAUGACACUCACUGUGUCGUUUUCCAGUACUUUGUGUCAGGCCAGGAAGGGGCUAACCCAGGGCAGCUGAAUGUCUAUGUCAAGGAGAACAACAGUCCACUGGGCAUUCCGGUUUGGAAUGCAUCUGGGCCAGCUUCUCAGACCUGGGGCCAAGUGGAGCUUGCCAUCAGCACCUUCUGGCCAAAUUUUUACCAGAUCGUGUUUGAAGUGGUGACCUCAGGACAGCGCGGCCUGCUGGCCAUCAAGGAUGUGAAACUCCAGGGCCACCAAUGCAUGAGUACCCCACAUUUUCUGCAUAUAAAGGACGUGGAAGUCAAUGCCAGGCAAACUGCUACUUUCCAAUGCACUGUCAAUGGACGACCCCAGGACAGCUACAAACUAUGGUUACAGGGCAUUGGUGGAAGGGAGGCCCCCAUGAAGACAACGAAACCCGUGAACGUCAGACGGUUCAUUGCAGCCUUUGACGUGGUGAACACCACCAAGGGCGACUCUGGACGCUACCGAUGUAUCGUUCAUUCAGACAGAGGAAUCGGGGUUUCCAAUUAUGCUGAUCUGACGGUGAAACAGCCCCCGGUCCCCAUUGCCCCCCCGCAGCUCACUGCAGUUGGAGCCACGUACCUGUGGAUCCAGCUCAAUGCCAACUCCAUCAACGGGGAUGGCCCCAUCAUCGAGAGGGAGGUGGAGUACCGCACCGUGUCUGGCAGCCUCAUCGACAACCAGCCCGUGGACAAGACCACCCACAAGAUCGGCCACCUGGACCCGGACACAGAGUAUGAGAUCAGCGUCCUGCUCACCAGGCCUCUGGACGGAGGCACGGGCGCCCCAGGCCCCCCGCUCCGAGCCAGGACCAAGUGUGCCGACCCCAUGCAUGGGCCCAGGAAGCUGGAGGUGGUGGACAUCAAGUCCAAGCAGAUCACCGUCCGAUGGGAGCCCUUUGGGUACAACGUGACCCGCUGCCACAGCUACAACCUCACCGUGCAGUACCGCUACCGGGCCGGUGCUAAGGAGGAGACCCGCGAGGAGGUCUGCUACGACACACUGAGCGCCGCCCCCCAGCAUACCAUCCGAAACCUGUCGCCCUACACCAACGUCAGCGUCAAGCUGGUCCUGCGUAACCCCGAGGGGGUCCAGGAGAGCCAGGAGCUUGAUGUGCUGACUGACGAAGACGUGCCAGGGGCAGUGCCUCUGGAGUCCCUUCAGGGAAGCACCUAUGAAGAAAAGAUCGCCCUCAAAUGGCGAGAACCAGUACAAACGUAUGGCAUCAUUACAUUGUAUGAGAUCUCCUACAAGGCUGUCAGCUCUUUUGACCCAGAGUUUGACCUCUCCAACCAGAGUGGGAAGGUUUUCAAGCACAGCAAUGAGACAUCACACAUGUUUGUGGGCCUCUACCCUGGGAGUACCUACUCUUUCACCAUCAGAGCAAGCACUGUCAAAGGAUACGGGCCUCCAGUCAUCACGCAAUUUACCACCAAGAUUUCAGCUCCCCACAUGCCUGGAUACGAUCAGGAGACCCCUCUGAAUCAGACGGACAGCACUGUGACAGUCCUGCUCAAGCCGGCACAGAGUCGAGGGGCACCUGUCAGUGUUUACCAGGUGGUGGUGGAGGAGGAGCGCCCACGCCGGGCAAGAAGGGCAGCAGAGAUCCUUCGUUGCUACCCCGUGCCCAUCCACUUCCAGAAUGCCACCCUGCUCAACUCCCAGUAUUACUUCACCGCCGAGUUCCCCGCCGCUGGCAUCCAGGCACCUCAGCCCUUCAGUAUCGGAGACAACAAGACCUACAGUGGCUACUGGAAUGCCCCACUUCUGCCCCACAAGAGCUACAGCAUCUAUUACCAGGCAGUCAGCACGGCCAACGGGGAGACCAAAAUUGAUUGUGUUCGAGUGGCCACCAAAGCCGCAAUAAUUGUGACUCAGCUCACAACACCCUACAUUCGCAUCGCCCCGGCGGCUGGCGACAACCAACUAACAGGGGCGGCCACGCGGAAGCCCGAUGCCGUGGAGCCGGAGAAGCAGACAGACCAUACAGUGAAGAUUGCCGGGGUCAUAGCUGGCAUCCUCCUCUUUGUCAUCAUCUUCCUUGGCGUGGUGCUGGUCAUGAAGAAAAGAAGAACCUAUCACUCCUACACUUACUACCUGAAACUGGCAAAGAAGCGCAAGGAGACUCUGAGCAGCACUCGGCAGGAGAUGACAGUGAUGGUGAACUCCAUGGACAAGAGCUACACUGAGCAGGGAACCAACUGCGAUGAGGCCAUAUCCUUCAUGGACACGCACAACCUCAACGGCAGAACUGUGUCCUCGCCAUCGUCGUUCACCAUGAAGACUAACACGCUCAGCACGUCCGUCCCCAACUCCUACUACCCAGAUCCCUUUGUGCCAACUGCUAUCCUAGUGCCAAUUAAUGAUGAGAACCACACCAUGACCAGUGACACCAGCAGCCUGGUGCAGUCCCACACCCACUCCUACAAGAAGAGGGAGGCAGUAGACGUGCCCUACCAGACCGGGCAGCUGCACCCCGCCAUCCGGGUGGCGGACCUGCUCCAGCAUAUCACCCAGAUGAAGUGCGCCGAGGGAUACGGCUUCAAAGAGGAGUACGAGAGUUUUUUUGAAGGACAGUCCGCGCCAUGGGAUUCUGCCAAGAAAGACGAGAACAGAAUGAAGAACCGAUACGGGAAUAUCAUUGCAUAUGAUCAUUCCCGCGUCAGGCUCCAGGCCCUGGAGGGAGAGCAGAACUCGGAUUACAUUAAUGCAAAUUACGUUGAUGGUUACCAUAGACCAAAUCACUACAUUGCUACACAAGGUCCCAUGCAGGAGACAGUCUACGACUUCUGGAGGAUGGUGUGGCAGGAAAACACCGCCACCAUCGUCAUGGUGACCAACCUGGUGGAAGUGGGAAGGGUGAAAUGCUGCAAGUACUGGCCCGACGACACCGAGAUCUACAGGGACAUGAAGGUGACACUCAUCGAGACGCAGCUUCUGUCUGAGUACGUCAUCAGGACCUUCGCCGUGGAGAAGCGAGGGGCCCACGAGAUCCGGGAGAUCCGGCAAUUCCAUUUCACGGGCUGGCCAGACCAUGGAGUGCCCUACCACGCAACUGGGCUGCUGGGGUUCGUCAGGAGGGUCAAGUCAAAGAGCCCAGCCAACGCGGGGCCCAUGGUGGUCCACUGCAGUGCUGGGGCAGGGAGGACCGGCUGCUUCAUCGUCAUCGACAUCAUGCUGGACAUGGCCGAGCGGGAGGGCGUGGUGGACAUCUACAACUGCGUGCGAGAGCUGCGCUCCCGGAGAGUCAACAUGGUGCAGACGGAGGAGCAAUAUGUCUUCAUUCAUGACGCCAUCCUGGAGGCAUGUCUCUGUGGAGACACCACCAUCCCCGCCUCCCAGCUACGCUCAGUCUACUACGACAUGAACCGCCUGGACCCCCAGACCAACUCCAGCCAGAUCAAGGAGGAGUUUAGGACCCUGAACAUGGUAACCCCAACGUUACGAGUGGAGGACUGCAGCAUCGCCCUGCUGCCGCGAAACCACGAGAAGAACCGCUGCAUGGACGUUCUGCCGCCUGACCGCUGCCUGCCCUUCCUCAUCACCAUCGACGGGGAGAGCAGCAACUACAUCAAUGCCGCACUCAUGGACAGCUACAAGCAACCAUCCGCGUUCAUAGUUACCCAGCAUCCAUUGCCAAACACAGUCAAAGAUUUCUGGAGGUUGGUGCUAGACUACCACUGCACUUCAAUAGUGAUGCUGAACGAUGUGGAUCCAGCCCAGCUGUGUCCCCAGUACUGGCCUGAAAACGGGGUUCACCGACAUGGGCCCAUCCAGGUGGAGUUCGUGUCAGCCGACUUGGAGGAGGACAUCAUCAGCAGAAUAUUCCGCAUUUACAACGCAGCACGGCCUCAGGAUGGCUACCGCAUGGUGCAGCAGUUCCAGUUCCUCGGCUGGCCCAUGUACCGGGACACGCCCGUCUCCAAGCGCUCCUUCCUCAAGCUCAUCCGCCAGGUCGAGAAGUGGCAGGAGGAGUACGACGGCGGAGAGGGCCGCACCGUGGUGCACUGUCUGAACGGAGGAGGCCGGAGUGGGACGUUCUGUGCGAUCAGCAUUGUCUGCGAGAUGCUCCGACACCAGCGUGCGGUGGACGUGUUCCACGCUGUCAAAACAUUGAGGAACAACAAGCCUAACAUGGUGGACCUACUGGAUCAAUACAAGUUCUGCUAUGAAGUCGCACUGGAAUACUUGAAUUCUGGUUAAUCUGCCACAAAGCUCCUCCUCCCCACCUUGGCCCCGCCUAUUUUGGACAGAGACUUAACAAUUGGACGUUAACUGGGAGCCCAGGGAAUGCCACUCUGGCGUGUUUGGGCGUGAUUAAUGAAGGAUGAAGGCUGGCAGGACCAGAUGCUUGCACUGCUUAUCUGACCUGUCUGUGGUGACCCCCCCCCCCCCCCCC